AUUAAGCGGCUCCGUCCGGCCCUUUAUAUCUCACGCUUUAACCAGUUCAUAAUCUCUGAGCGCUGAAUUCAGCUGCAUGCGUGUUAAAGUUCAGAUGCCAAGCGGAGAGAUGAUAACUGGAUUUCUUCUGACUAUUAUUUUACUGUCACCUGUCGUGGCUCAGGAUCUUUGUAAAGAAAGCAAAGAUGGAUUCAAAGUCAGGAUCAGCUUAAAAACAGCCCUCGGAAAUGACGCCUACGAGUGGAAUGAGAGUGAGAAGUUUCUCUUCAGAUCUACUCUGGCGUAUGCGAUGAGGAAAAAAACUGGGGAGGACACGUAUAACAUUGAAAACAUACUGGUGUGCAAUGAUACAAAGAGAGUGUCAUUCAUCUUUGUGGUGACGUUGCCAGCGGACCCAACUCAACUGAUUCCGAAAGAAGAGGUGGAGCGAGCAGUGAGGCAGAGCAAACAUCGCAUCAACAAUGCUUUCCUGCUAUCAGACAUGACUCUUGAGUUUGUGGGGGUCCCACCAACGCUGGCGGUCCCCAUUCAGUACAACACUCCUCCGUGGCUCAUUGUGUUCGGGGUGGUCAUUGGCAUUGUGGCCGUAGGCAUUGUGGCACUGCUGAUGUCCACAGUCAGCAAAAGACGACGAGCCAAAGCCAAAGAUGCCGGAUUUGAUCAAGAUGGAGAUGAUGAAGGAAUAGUCAAAGAGAAUGGAACUGCACUUUCCGGCCUUAAUAAGAAAGACGGCGUCUACAAUCAAGCCUUCUCCAAUGAUGAGCGCUUCACCAAACUGUAGCAAACAAAGCCAGAUUCAGUAACACCUCACCUUUAAAGUAAUUCAGAUAUGCCAAAGAAUAACAUUCCCUCAACCUUAGACUGUCUGGGUCUGCACAGAAAUAAGACUUAUUCGUAAUUUAUUUGUAUUAUAAAAGCCAGAUUUACUAUAAAACAUGCUGAAGGUUGACUAUGAGCAGAUUAAAGAAUGCAGACGAACACUACACUGUAAAACAUGCUGAAUUCCACACAAUUGAUUUGUGUUGGUAUAAAAUGAAGGAAUUAGGUUAACUUAUUAGUUUUUACAAAUUUAAGUGGAUUGAACGUAAAAUAAUGAAGUUGUCCCCCAAACAACUAAGAAUUGUGUUGUUUUAGCUUAUUUCAAAUAAGUAGUUUGAUCAAACAGUGAACAUAUUUUUUUGGUCUAACUAAACCCACUAACAGCGCCGCAUAUUGAAAAUAGUGUGCUUUAGUAAUCCAAAACAGAUUGCAUGCAGCGACAAUCACAGCAAUUCAAGCACAAAAUGUAUUAAGACAUGUUUUUAGGGGGCAAUAAAUAAUGACACAAAACCUGUAAAUUGAACGCAACACUUGUAGAUCACAUUGCUGGUUCUUAUCAUAAAUAAGGUGUCAGAAAAAGCAACUCGUACAGAUGCAUAUGCAGUAAAUAGGCCCACAUGGUGUGCAGAAUUCCGCAGAUUUUUUAGCCCAUCAUUAAUUCAGUUUUUUUACUUGAGUAAAUGUGUGUAAAUCUAUAUUUAUUCAGUUUUUACAUUAAUUACAGUAAUAUUAUUGACUAAUAUGAAAAUGUUCAUCCGAUUUAUUUACAAUGCAGUUUGCACAGUAAUGUUUUCUGUCUUUUAGUAGAGAUAUUAUAUGAGACUUGCUUUGUUUACCAAAUAAAGGUAAUCUAAUUGGAUUUGAAUUGUAAACAUUAAAUAAAAAAUUUAAAACAUAUAAUUUUUUAUUUCACAUAUUAAGGUUUUAGUUAUGAGACUCCCAAAAUAAUUUCGCAGAAAUCCGCAGAUUGUUAGCAGAUGCAGAAAUAGCAAAAAAAAAAAACAAUUCCGUCUGCCCCAAGCAAUAAGGUCAGCCAUAAUGUCUAUGACUUUUAUUGCUGAUUUUCACUGUGCCUUUAAUAAAUCCUGAUAGUUUUUAACACCAAAAA